UGCAAAACUUCCUCUUGCAAUCAAAAUCGUGUAAACAAAUUUAAUCCUCAAUUUUCGGUAAAAUUACGCUGAUUUCGUUUCAAAAUUGUGCAAACCUGUUCGAAAAAUGUUUUCCGCCGCGUUCGCGACCCUUUCCACCCGGCCAAGUUCCGUCGCGAGCUAGUUCCGCCGUGUUGUUUGCUGGUUCCAGCGCCGAACAUCAAAAUCAGUGCGCGCCCACAAGAAACGAAGAGGACCAGCCGUGCGAUCGAUUUUUCAUUCGCCAAACGUCAAACGAACAGAACGGACCACUUUUACGGCGGUCCACAUAUCGGGGUGAAAAUAUUGUGUGCGAGUCCAGUUCGUCGGAUUCCGGGUCGUCGCGCGUGACCAACAUGUCCUUCCGCGUCACUUCCUGCUGUGGUUAGCUUCGGGGUUUCCGGGAAAAGAGUGUGACGGAGAAUGUUCCGGAUGGUGUUUUGAGGAGGAAGAUUUUUCCUUUUGUGCGCUGGGAAAAGGGCAAAAGGCCAUCGUUGGGUGGUGUUGCCACGGCGAAGAGAAAUUAAGGGGAGGAGGUUCGUGGAGGAGAUCAGGAGAGACAUUCCACGACACGACACCAACCAGCUGCUGCCUGGACCAGACAGAGGUCGGGACUCUGGACGCGGCGGGGGUUUUGAGGGCUCUUACGUCACUCCAGAAAUUUUCUGCUGCAUUCCCACGGAACAACAAGACGGCCCUCUUCUGAAAUUUUUGUUGUUGUUUUCAUUGGAAUUAUUAAGUGCUGAUUGUGCGAAGUUCAUGGGAAUCACCCCGAGAAAGUUGAGAAGCUAGUUUUUGUGUCGUGUGUGCCGAUUGUCGUUAGACGAGAGAACCUUGGCGCGGGGGCGUUUAACGUCUGCUUGGAGUUAUCAUCCGUGCGCCGACGGACGGACGGAAGGACGAAGUCCCAACAAAGAAGAAAGCGAAAGAUCCAUUAAACCGCCACGAUGGCCAUGUCCAAGGGAUUCCGCGUGCUCGAGAAAUCGAAACCACCUUCGCCGCACAGCGUACUGCUGGAGCACCGGAACAAAUCGGAAACGCUGCUGUUCGAGUCGCAGGCCGUGGCCGUGCUGUCGGCCCAGGAAACCGAAAUCGUCCGCAAGCAGUACACCAAAGUCCUGGACGCGUAUGGCUGCCUCGGCGUGCUCCAGCUCAACGCCGGCGACAGUUCCCUGCUCUACCUGGUGAUGGUCACCGGCUGCUUCUCCGUGGGAAAAAUCCUCGACAACGAGAUCUUCCGCAUCACCCAGACCCAGUUCGUGUCGCUGCAGUACCAACCGACGAACGAGGACCGUAUUUCGGAGAUUCGGAAGGUGCUGAACUCCGGGACGUUCUACUUUUCGUUCAGCAAUCAGCCGGGUGGCAAUGGCGGCGGGGCUAGUUUUGAUAUUACGCUGUCGGCGCAGCGACGGAAGAGGACGACGGAUACGGACAAUCGAUUCUUUUGGAAUCGGAUGUUGUUCAUUCACAUGUUGCGGUUUGGGGUGGAGUAUAAUUUCUGGCUGCUGAAGGCGAUGUGCGGUUCGGUGGAGAUCCGGACGGUUUACGCCGGCAGUAAGCAGGCUCGGGCGGCGAUCAUAUCGAGGUUGAGCUGUGAACGGGCCGGGACGAGGUUCAACGUGCGGGGAACGAACGACGAGGGUUGUGUGGCCAACUUUGUCGAGACGGAACAGUGCAUCUAUCUGGACGGGGAGGUUUCGUCGUACAUUCAAACGAGGGGAAGUGUCCCGCUGUUUUGGGAGCAACCGGGCGUGCAGGUCGGAUCGCACAAGGUAAAGUUGUCGCGAGGAUUUGAAGCGUCCAGGUCGGCGUUCGAUCGGCACAUGACCACCAUGAAGGCCCGGUAUGGGAAGCAAGCGAUUGUGAACCUGCUGGGGACGAGCCUGAUUGGCAGCAAAGAAGGCGAGGCAAGCCUGAGCAACGAAUUCCAGCGCCAUCACAAAGAGUCCAACCACGUGGACGUGCCGCACAUCGUGUUCGAUUACCAUCAGGAGUGCCGCGGCGGCAACACCGGAGCGCUGUCCAAGCUAAAGGCCAAAAUCGACGCCAUGUGCUCGGACUUUGGUCUGUUCCACGCGAUGGGCGAUAGCGUGUUCCGCGAGCAAAAGGGCGCCAUCCGAACCAACUGCUUGGACUGCCUCGACCGGACCAACUGCGUCCAGACGUACAUCGGGCUGGAGAUCCUGAACGAGCAAAUCUCGCAAAUGUCCGCCCUCUCCGACAAGAAGCAACAAAUCAGCUCACGCUUCGAGGAAAUCUUCCGCCAGAUGUGGAUCAACAACGGCAACGAGGUGAGCAAGAUCUACGCCGGAACCGGUGCCAUCCAGGGCGGCUCCAAGCUCAUGGACGGAGCCCGCUCGGCCGCCCGUACCAUCCAGAACAACCUGCUGGACAGCUCCAAGCAGGAAGCCAUCGACGUCCUUCUCGUGGGUUCAACGCUCAGCUCGGAACUCGCCGACCGGGCCCGCAUCCUGCUCCCCUCAAACAUGCUACACGCGCCCACGCCGGUCCUGCGCGAGAUGUGCCGCCGCUACGAGGAGUUUGUGAUGCCGUCGGAGAUUCGCGUUGCGUGCGGAACGUACAACGUCAACGGUGGGAAGCACUUUCGCAGCGUGGCGUACAAGGACGUGUCGCUCGCGGACUGGCUACUCGACUGUCACCGGUUGGCACGGUCGCGAUCUUUGGUCGACGUGAGCCACCCGGAGGACACCAAUGAGCCACCGAUCGACAUUUUCGCUGUUGGGUUCCAGGAAAUUGUAGAUCUUAAUGCGUCGAACAUCGUAGCUGCGAGUUCCGACAACGCCAAAGCAUGGGCCGAAGAGCUGCAGAAGGUCAUCAGCCGGGACGAAGAGUACGUCCUGCUAACCUACCAGCAGCUAGUCGGUGUCUGUCUGUACAUCUACAUCCGACCGAGGCACGCCGCGUACAUCCGGGACGUGGCCAUUGAUUGUGUCAAGACGGGUCUGGGCGGCGCUACUGGGAACAAGGGUGCGGCGGCGAUCCGGUUCGUGAUCAACGGGACGUCAAUCUGCUUUGUGUGCGCUCACUUUGCUGCCGGGCAGUCCCAGGUGGUGGAACGGAACGCGGAUUACGCGGAGAUUACGAGGAAGAUUGCUUUCCCGAUGGGACGAUCGCUCAAGUCGCACGAUUACAUUUUCUGGUGCGGGGACUUUAACUACCGAAUCGACAUGGACAAGGAAGAGUUGAAGGAGUUGCUGAAGCAGGGGGACAUUGAGUCGGUGCUGCAGUACGACCAGCUGAGGAUCCAGCAGAACACUGGCAGUGUGUUCAACGACUUCUUCGAGGGGGAAAUUUCAUUCCCGCCUACGUACAAGUACGACUUGUUCAGCGAUGAUUACGACACGAGCGAAAAGGCUCGAGCACCGGCUUGGACGGAUCGGGUGUUGUGGCGACGGCGCAAGCAAAGUCCGGACGCGGACAAGCAACCCAACUGGAAUCCGGGCCGGCUCGUGCACUACGGUCGGGCGGAGCUCAAGCAGAGUGACCAUCGGCCGGUGAUUGCCAUCAUCGACGUUGAAAUCUGUAAAAUUGACCAACAACGAAGGACGCAGGUGUUUGGCGACGUGAUCCGAGACCUCGGACCCCCGGACGGAACGAUCCUCAUCCAAGCGGCGAAUCCUUCUGCUGAGUCCGGUGAUGAGGACGAAGGUAGCAUCUACGACGAGAACCUAAUGAGUGCACUCAUUCAGGAGCUCACCCAAAUCGGUGAAGUCACGCUGGUUCGCUUCGUCGGCGACACCAUGUGGGUUACCUUCCGCGACGGACAAUCCGCCCUCACCGCCGCCCAAAAGCAGUCCGUGCAAGUGUGCGGCGUUAAUCUUACAAUUAAACUCAAAACCGAAAACUGGAUCCAAACAGUAGAGAAGGAAAUCCUCCUCUGCACCCCAAACACGGUCAGCUUCUGCGACAGCCAAGUCGGCGACUACAACAGUCUCGGCAUUCCGGAGGUCCCAUCCCGACCGAAAAGUCCCCCCGCGCUCAACCAACCUCCGCUGCGACCCGCCCCACCCGGCAGACCUCCACUCCCAAAGUCCCCGCAAGCAUCGCCCAAACAUCAACAAAUGCAGCACCAUCAUCCGAAGGCCGGCGUAAUCAGCUUGGGUGCCGAGGUGCUGAUGGCCUCCAAGUUGCACCAGAAGCCGGCCGUUCCGCCGCAGCCGCUUGUGCCGCCCCAGUCGGCGUCCAAAACGACGCCCCCCAUCGAGGAGUACGCCAGUUCUAGUCCCAUCCUGGGCUCGCCCGCUCACGGAUCUUCGGGCGUGUCUUCUCCCCAGCAGCAGCAGGAUACGGGAGCGAUCUACGAGGAGAUUAAUGAUGAUAUUGCCGUUCCCGAGCCCCGCGGCCCUCCACCUCCGCCACCGCGCUGCGACGUGUACGAUCUGGACGUGGUGGCCACCAGCAACAACAAACCCGCUCCUCCUCCCACCACCACAACAACGAAAUCAUCUCCUCCCGGCGGCGGAAACAGCGGUGGCAGCUCGGGUGCAGGUUCACCCCAGGGCGGCGGCGUAUCAGCGGGUGGUCCGCCCAAAACCAAUCCUCCUCCGUUGCCGGUUCGCCGCGGCGUUCCUCCCCCGAUACCAAAUCGAAGCGCCGGCGCUCCGCCGCUGCCAGCCCGACCGAACCAGUAAGCGAGACACGUUGUGCUGUUAUUCUCUCGGUAUCUAUAUUGCAAAUUACAAUAGAAGGUAAAACGUAUAUCAAACGAAGAGAAUCUUUACCAGUAGAAACAAGUUAGAGGACUCUAAUCGUAAAAACAGAAACAAUUAUUAGCGCGAGCAGAACUAAGCUAUACAACACUAUCCUAAUCAAACACACAAAAAAAAACUCAAACUCACUGUGAAAUUGUGCAUGUUACAUGUUGAAUUAAGAAGGCAUUGCAUAACAAAAACAAACUAAACAUUCCACUAUUCUCAGAAAAACAAUUCGUUGGCCGCUUCAAUCAUUGUGUAUAUUUAUUUAAAUUAUUGGCCAAUUUCAAGAGAAAACAAAGCGCGUUCGCUGUUUCAAUUGUAAAAAGUAGUUUUAGGCAAGCAAAAUUCCUUACAUCAAGAUGUAUAAUUGAAGUAAUUAAAAGUUUACCGUCGUUGUUGUAUUGUGAAUUAAUAAAAACGCAAAACUGUAAUUGUUAACCGAAUUGUUUCCUUUCUUUUCUUUGUUCGCAUACGACGCGCAUGGAAUGUGACAUUCAGUAUCUCGAAUUAAAUGAAAAAACAAAAACAA